AUCUUUAUCUUUAAUCUAAAGUGACUGGAGUCUAGAAGUAACAGUUGUUGCUAGAAUGGUAGAUGUACUUGUCUCGUCUUGUUCAAUGCCUCUUUUUUUGUUGUUUAUAAUUUAUAAACUAUAUAAUACCAAUUGUCAAAUUUAGAUUAUUUUCCAGAUAUUGCACGCUGUUUGGAUCUACAUUUUCAUUGAAAAGAAUUUAUAUUAGAAAUGUCUUCAGAAGAAAAAAUAAGUGAUGGCUCAUCAAAUAAUGAGAUUGUUGAUUUUAGUAUUUACUAUUUGGAUAUGGUGGAAUGUCCAUUAGAUCCAAACCAUAAACUUCGACGUCACAGGCUUCCAUAUCAUCUUUUAAAGUGCAAAAAAAAGUUCCCGGAUAAAAUACAAUGUCCUUAUGGACAUUAUUAUUAUUUAGAAAAACAUGAAAUGGCUAAUCACUUACAACUAUGCCCUCAUAAACCAAGGUCAGCUCAAGCUGAAGAAAUGCAACCGUACAUAGUGCAAGCUCAACGAGCUAGAAAUGAGAAUAUCAUUUACAACUAUGAUGUUGACAAUUAUAAAAUUGAUGAACCAUAUUGGGACUAAUCAUUAAUUAUUUUAUUCAUUUUUUGUCA